ACGCCACUGUGUCGGGAGGGAGGGGAGGGCAAGGCUACCCUACCACCUCCCCACCAAUACAGUCCGGCCAUAACCGGUGAAGGAGUACGAGGAGAGACACGUUACUUCGUCAGCUAGGUAGAAAAUACAGACAAUGACAUCUAAAAACGUACCACCCCCUCCGGGCUAUGGAUUCCAGCCCCAGCCUGGCCAAGUGGUUUAUGCACCUCCAACCACAGCCAUGGUGAUGCCACUGGGACCUGACACCUGUAAUGUCACCUGUCCUUCAUGCAAUGCCUCUGUCGCCACUCGUGUAGAGAAGGAGACCACCACAAAGACUCAUUUGUUUGCACUUCUCUUAUGUAUCUUAUUCUGUCCAUUGUCACUGAUCCCGUAUUGCUCCGACUGUUGCAAAGCGACUAAUCAUUACUGUCCAAGUUGCGGUGCAUUCCUGGGGACCUACGAUCAUUAGUGGCUCUGGAUCUUCCUUCUGAUCCUUCUCCGCUAUUUAUGUGCUUGCUUUAUUUGCAAUGGCAGAGCGCCACCUAUGUGUCUGUAUUACUUUUAUACUCUUCCAUAAGGAUCGUAACCAAGAAACCAAUCGUUUUAAACUGUUUAAUGUUAUAUUAUCAGUUUUUUAAGAAUAUAUGGAUUUUCGUAAGUGCUAUCGCUUCAGUAAAUUAGUUUUGAUCUAUAAUAAAACAUUCAAGAUCAAAUCCUUCACAAUCAUGUUUGUUGAUUUCAUUGUGUAUGUAAGUAAACUAAUAUAAAUGUAGUACAAAAAAGUGUCUAAAAUGUAGGUGCAUUAAUGCUGUUAAAUGUUGUUCAGAUUUUUAGUUGAAACUAUACUGAGAAUAUAUUAGUAACUAAUGCAUUGUUAAUUACGUUUUGUCAAAACUUGGCCGUUUUUUGUAAAUGUCAAUUCUGCCGUUGUACCUGACUCUUUGACUCUUGAUGACAGAAAUAAUAAAGGUAUGAUGUGAAACGAUUGAAAUCAAUAAAGGUGUGCAUAUGUGCCUUCUGAAGUCAAAAUUUAUAGAUAUACAUGAUGUGUUCUUGAUGUGAUUACGUUUAUUGAAAGUGGUGAAAUACUUUCAUAUACCUAAACAUUAAUUUCUACCUGAUUUUUAAAAAUUUUUUUGCAGCCUAGAUAUUAUUGCACGUUAUAUUUUUGUACAUUAUGGUUUUAAUGAAAAGUAGAUAUAUGUACCAAAGACAAUUCAAAUCCAGAUGUCUCACUGAGAGUAACCACUAGGACCAAUGAAAAGAAUUCACUAGUGAUGCGCUAUCUAUGUACUUCAAUGAUAGUUCCUAGACCUGGCCAUUGGAUGUCGCUGUUAGCAGUGUUCCAGUGAGACUUCUGUGUUCUAUCUGUUCUGUGGUAUGUGUUUCAAAGUUGUCACGUUUUAAUGAUUUUUAAGAGUUAAAAUCUGUGUAGUCUACCCAAGGAAAGAUAAAUUAAAAUCUUAAAACCUGUUAUAAUCAAUGUUCUUCAUCAAAUGACUAAAAUGCUAUUUUUACUGUUUUUAUAUGUAUAUUUUUAAAACAUCUCUAAAUUAGCAACAAUGACAUCUUUUACUAUUCUUAUGAAAUAAUUUACAGUGUAAUGAACAAUGUAUUUAAUUUGUAUUUAUAUUAUAUCUUAUAUCUUAUAUUUUGCAAAUGUCUGUUUCAUUCCAAGCCAUCAAUACUUCAUUUGAUGUAAACCAGUUUAUAUUCUUGAUCAAAUAUAUUGUUUAAUUUUUA